AGUGAGGAGUUUCCUCUCUCCCCAUCUCUCCCUCCUCUUUGGGUUGAUUCUCUCCCACACUUCUCACCGUCACGGAGGAAAACAGCAUCGCAACGCGUGCAGUUGCGUUCAGCGAAAUCGCGAAACCAAGGGCGCUUUUCGGGCUAUCGAGAGGAGAGCUGAUCACGGGCAUCUUAUUCCUUUACUUUCUUCUCUUUUUCUCGGCCUUAUCGCAUGUAGCGUUUUAUUCGAUCAGAAUACGACGAGAAACUUAUCAUCAUUAUGGGGGAAGACCUGCCCUCCGGAGACGCCCGGCGUGGUUAGUUCCAGGUGAAACCGAGCAGGCUCGUGAAGGCGUGCCAGGUGUAGCGCCACUCGCGGGGGUUGCAAGUGACGUUUUGGUGUUUUGUUUUGACAGCGGGCGACCUGUCGCCCGUUUCGCCGAGAUAGAAGGGAUUGUACGGAGGGAGUGACUGUUUGUUUUCGUGCGCCCUGCAGCGUUGGGACAGCUCGCAGGGGCGCCGACCGUGACAGCGUAGGGUGUCACGUACCCCGUAGUGUGCUCGCGCGUGUGUUCCGUCCGGAUCGUGUGACUGUGUCAGUGACAGGCACGGAGAUUUCUCUACUGCGUCAAGCUUCCUAAAUGAUUAGAGGAUUACGCGAAGAAGAUUCUUGAAAUUGUGCGAAGUGACGUUGUUUUUUUGGAGCAAUCUGAUUUUAAAUUAAAGGAUUAAGUUAAAUUAAGUGAUUAAUUAUGGCUGUGAUGGGGACGGCAUUGAUACUUCGAUCGGAUGGCGGCAGCGACGAUAGGAGAUCGCGUAGAUGUAACCCUCGAGUGAACAGGGUGAGAAUCGGUGGUCGCCGAACGUCGAAAGGCUCAUCCGGCAUCGAACAUGAAUCGGUUACAGCAAAACGUAGUGGUUCCGGAAAGUUUCUUCUGGUUGGCGCUGUCCUGGCCAUACAAUUCGUUGGCGCAGCAGCGAUAACUAGCAAGGCGGGCAACGAUAUCAAGGUGGAGUUCAAUGUGCCAAAAGAAGCCGAAGUGGGUUCCUCGAUCGAGCUCAAGUGCGAAUGGCAAAUAUUAAGUCAAAGUGGUCUCUAUUCGGUUAAAUGGUAUAAGGAUGAUCACGAGUUCUUCCGAUAUGUACCGGACAGCAGCCACAGGAUUCAGAUAUUCGACCGACCUGGCGUACAUGUCAAGAUAGCAUCGAACAACGAACAAAAACGGGUAAUAUUGAAGGACCUUGCUUUGGAGACUGCCGGCCAAUAUAAAUGCGAAGUUUCCACCGAAGCGCCGUCUUUCGCCACCACUUAUCAGACGGCCAAUCUAACAGUGAUUUCGCUGCCGGAGAAGGGACCGGAAAUCACAGGCCUGUCCUUGCACUACGCCGUCGGCGAGAACGUGACUGCCAACUGCACUGCCUGGCCAUCCGUGCCUAAGGCCAAUCUACGUUGGACCAUCAACGGCGAACCGGUAUCACCCGAAAACAUUGUCCAACAUGCGCCGUUGAAAGACAUAAGCACAAGGGGCACCCCCAACACCCUGGGAUUGCGAUUGGAGGUUGAACCCCGACAUUUCACGAGCAACGGGCAGGCCAAGAUCAAAUGCAUCGCCGAAGUUGGCUCGCACGUGUUCCAGGAUGAGCGUAAAGUGAUGAAGGCAUACGUGAAUAACCAAAGGCUCAGCGCUGGUGAUAUGCACGCGGCUGCACGCAGCAUCCGUGCCGGUCUCCUCGCCCCGUUAUUAUCGGCGAUCCUUACGUUCAUCCUGCUCACAACGUGACCGAUCGGCCUUCUCGUGUGAGUCGGCCUUCUCGAACAAGAAUUACGUUAUGACGCGCUCUUCGGGAACGCGCGGCAAUUUCAGUGUCAGUUGUCCGAUCCUUAAGUAUAAAGUUAGGCUUAGGAUUUAAGCGACGGUGAGAGCGAUCAAUCGGCUCGGUCCAAUGACGCUUUGAUCGCCUAUUUAGCGAUACGCCGCUAUCGUACUUGUUUCGUCGGCAGAUUAGUUAGGAAAGACACGUGAAAGAUGAAAAUCUCGUUGAGAUAAGACGAUCGUAGCGAUCAUGGAAGAAUUAAUUUUCCUUAAUUAUUGCAUCGUUGCCUUGAUUACUUAGGAAAAAGAUUUUGUAUCGGUUAUUACUUUUCUCUUGUCAUAAUAAUUGUUGUUAUUUUGAAUUAAUGAUUUGCAUGAAAAGUGGAAGGAUCGUUUUGAUUAUUUUGUAGGUAAUUUUGUAGGCAGGAAAUAGACGCGAACACACCUUUGCAUAUUUUAAAUCAUUUUUAUAGAUCAGUAUUCUCUGUUAGACGAAUACUUAUAGUUGAAACUUUUCCCAUAAUUUUCACAGAAGCUCCUCCCUUUCUCUCUUCGAUUUCUCCUUAUCAUAUUUAACUCUCGAUCCUUUUAACGAGUUCCGGAUCCGAAAGACUCUUUAAAGUUCUCUUCGAUUGCGGCUCGCAGUCGUCAUUAACUUCUCAUUGAAGUUUUAAGAUUUUACUGCUAAUAGUAUAAAUGUCAGAAUAUCACAAGUCAGAUAACGCAAACGCAAUGUUGUUGAAUAAAAAUAACGCUCGAUGAUACUCGGAUGAUUUAAAUUUUUAGAUUUACAAUUUGUAAUCUCGUUCUUCUUUUAAAGUCGUUAAGACUUUAAGUAAUUCAGAUAAUUUUCGACGCUUCAUAUAAAUUUAUGGUAAAUUUGGAGAAUCAUGCUUUCAAUUCGUGUUUAACUAUAUUUUGUAAUAAAGUUUGUUCCAUUUUAUACUCCGACAAUUAUCGUCGUGGGGUUCAGAACUAGCCGUACUUCAUACGGCAUGCACGUCGUACCGCGGAGAUAUAAAUUCUGAUGCAGCGCGUGCAAAUUCCGUUUUACGACACGCAUGAGAUUAACUACCAAAACGCGUAUAAGUCGCUACACCAUAGCGAAACGCGAAUUACGUAUAAAUCGAUAAAUGGAUUUGCCGUGCCGGCACCAACAAAACGAGAUUAAUAAUUCGGAUAUCUCGCAUUGCAAAAUUGCGAAUGCGCAGUUGCACAGUUAUAUACGUACGAAUAAUAAUUUUAUUGGGAGGGAGGCUCUCUUACAGAAACGCGUUAAAGUUUAAAUUUGUAAUUAUUUCGACAAAAACAAUUUGUAUGCCGUUGGUGCGAUAUGAAUAAUGACUAAAUAACGUCGAAAACCCGAUUUAAAGCGAUAUAUGCAUUCCGUCGUAAUAAAAACGUAUAAUGUGAAAUUCAAAAUUUCUACACCAAUAUUUUAUUAUCAGUACAAUAUUCGUUCAACAUGAGUUUCAAAUCAACAAUUCCAUUUUUCACAGUUUUUCUUUUGUAAAAUAUAAUCAGUCAUACAGUAUGUUAUCUAUUCACGAAUAAAGUUGUAUAUCGCGUAUGAUUAUCGUUUCAUUGUAAAAUUGCAUACAAGUUUCCGUGGACGUACAAUUCGAUGAAAUAUUUGCCAAUUUCCGGACACGUCACGCACGAUCGUCUGACGAAUCCGACGAAUUUUCACUUCGCAGGAUACAACCUGGUUGUUUCACGUGUUUCAUUGCCGACGACAAAGGGCGUUUAGUCGCGAGGAGCGAGAGCACGGACGUUCAAGCGCGAA